UCUCUCUCUCUCUCUCUCAAACGCACAGCCAAAAUUACGAACUCAGUUGUAUGGUAGAAAGUGAGAGAGAGAGAGAGAGAGAAACGUUGGUUGUCAUAAAUUAAAUGAGGUUAAAGUGUGUUAAGUAGUAGCAGAAUGGGGUGCAGUUACCAUGGCGGCGUUGCAGAGCUCUAAUUCCGUGUCAGUAUUAUUGCUUCCAGCAACGGAAGAGAAUUGAAACUCUGAUUCCGUGAGGUAAAACCCUCGUCUUCCUCUGUCUUUUACCCUAAAAAAAGGUGUCGAAAAUCCUGCCCGCAAAAGCUGCAAAAUCCCCCCUACAACAAAGAUCACACGCACUCUUAGUCAGAUUCGGAAACAAAAUCAAAGUCAAAACCAACGGUCACUUAAUUAGAACGUCCCACACCAAGGCGAUCAGAAUUCAAACCAUCGAUUGAGUUCCCAGAAAUCAACAAUCGCUGGUCUUCAUGAAUCUGGUUGUUACUUGUUGACGCCAACGUUCUGCUAUGGAUUUUUGGUCAAAAUUGAGGCCAGUCGUCUCGGGUUUUGGGUGCAAGAAAUGGCUGGGUUUUUCUAUCUAGGUGGACGAGAAGGCCCACAAAACAAACAGGAGGAAGAAGAGAAGCAAGAGAAUAGCCAAUUCUUGUACAGAAACGAGGAGAUCUACAACAAAGGGUUCGAGAUAUGGCCACAAUACUAUCAGCAGCAGCAGAACAUGAGCAACUACUACUCGUUUGGAGUGGGUCCUAGUCGAAGGAACCUCAACAGCGUCUCUGAUGAGUCGUCGAGAUCCGGAUUAACGUUGAUAAGGCAAGGAGGAGUAGGAGGAGGCAUGAAUUGCCAAGACUGUGGUAACCAAGCAAAGAAAGACUGUUCCCAUCUCAGAUGCAGAACUUGUUGCAAGAGCCGAGGGUUUCAGUGCCAAACCCACGUUAAGAGCACUUGGGUCCCUGCAGCCAAAAGGCGCGAGCGGCAAGAACAACUCGCAGCUUUACAACAACAACUACAGCAACAGCAAGAUCAACAUCAAGAACAACAACACUUUCGAGGAGAGAAUCCCAAAAGGCAGAGAGAUAAUCAAUUAGGAGCGGCCCCUCUUGCUUGCACUCGUAUACCCAACACCACGUCAGGGUUGGAACGGGGACAAUUCCCAGCUGAGGUGAACUCGCCGGCGGUCUUCCGCUGUGUGAGAGUAGGCGCAAUGGAGGAUCCGGACGAGCAGUACGCGUAUCAAACGGCUGUAAACAUUGGAGGACAUGUUUUCAAGGGAAUUCUCUAUGAUCAAGGCCGCGAAGAUCGUUACACCACAGUCGGAGAGAGUUCCUCUGGUGGCGAUGGAGGCGGAGUUCAACCACUAAAUUUCAUUACGGCAGCCACCACCACCACCACCACAGCAACCACUAGUACCCCAUCUGCAACGUUGCUCGACCCUUCACUAUUUCCAGCUCCACUCAAUGCUUUCAUGGCUGGUACGCAAUUCUUCCCACCCCCAAGAUCGUAAAAACAUCUUUUAGGACGUUGUUUCCCUAGCAAAUCUUGAAAUCUCUCAAUCUAUCUGGAUUUGCUGUCGUCAAGGUUAUAAGUAGUAGUACUUUGUAACACCCAGUGAGCUAGAAGUCACAGGAAUUAGAAACAAGGAUAAGGAUGAGGGGAUGUUUGAUUUUGUUCGAAUUUCAAUUCUGAUUUUCGUGGUAAUUUUGAUCUUAUCAAUGACUGAUUUUUAAUUAGAAACCAUUUGUUCUGUAUGGC